AUGACGCUAGACGUGCAGUUUUACAUCAACGAAGAGACAACGGGCCAACACCGCCAAACGCUAAUUUUGCUGCUCCAGUCGCGCGUGAAUUGGUCCGGUCUGCCGAACAGACCCGUCCUCAUUGGUCAUCUCAUUUCAAGGACACUGACUCGCUCCCGAUAUCCAGCGAGCAGCGCGGAGCACGGAGAACAGGAGAACGUGUACACCAGUAACUACCCACCAAACCUUCCUCAGACAUGGGACUUCGUUGUCCAAACAGGCCUGCGAAGUGUCCUGGCCGACGUCCAUAAUCAACAUCAAUCCAUCUCUCAGGAGCAGUCAGACGAGGCAUCAGCAAGUAGUGGAACUGCGACAGCAGAAGGAGUGCAAGAUUGCAGCGAAGGAGGAAGAGCUCAAUCAGCAUUGACGCAUCAGAAGGAGAAAGAUGGCAGAGCAGAGGAACAGCAGCGAAUUCUGGAAGCAGAGGAGCAGGAGGAGAGCAAGCAGCAGAGGAGAGCAAGCAGCAGAUGGCAGAACGUAGGCAAGAGACUCCAAGUCAUCACGACAAGCCUGUUCCUGUAA